AUUUGAGGUGUUCUGACCAGAAGAAGACAGAGCGGAUGAUCAUUCAUUCACCACGUUGACAACCUCGCCUGUGAUUGACAGCCGGAGUGGCAGAAAGCCAUGAGAUUUGGUAGUUGGGUCUGAGGGGCGCUCUUUUUUUUUUUUUUUUUUUGUAAACUGAAUUUUGGGGGAGAGAAGAUCUGCUUUUCUUUCUUUCUUUUUUUUUCCCCCCGCUGCUGUCUUGGAAACGGAGCGCUUUUAUGCUCAGUGACUCGGGCGCUUUGCUUCAGGUCCCAUAGACCGAAGAUCUGGGACCGGUAGCUCACGUUGCUGGAGACAUUAAGGAUUUUUCGCCGUGCUUUUUUUUUUUUUUUUUCCGGGGGAGUUUGCUUAUUUGUUUCUUUUCACACUGGCCUUAAAGAGGAUAUAUUAGAAGUUGAAGUAGGAAGGGAGCCAGGGAGGCCGAUGGCGCAAAGGUACGACGAUCUACCCCAUUACGGGGGCAUGGACGGAGUAGGCAUCCCCUCCACGAUGUAUGGGGACCCGCAUGCUGCCAGAUCUAUGCAGCCGGUCCACCACCUGAACCACGGGCCUCCUCUGCACUCACAUCAGUACCCGCACACAGCUCACACCAACGCCAUGGCCCCCAGCAUGGGUUCCUCGGUCAAUGACGCUUUAAAGAGAGAUAAAGAUGCCAUUUAUGGACACCCCCUCUUCCCACUCUUAGCACUGAUUUUUGAGAAAUGUGAAUUAGCUACUUGUACCCCCCGCGAGCCGGGGGUGGCGGGCGGGGACGUCUGCUCCUCAGAGUCAUUCAAUGAAGAUAUAGCUGUGUUCGCCAAACAGAUUCGCGCAGAAAAACCUCUAUUUUCUUCUAAUCCAGAACUGGAUAACUUGAUGAUCCAAGCCAUACAAGUAUUAAGGUUUCAUCUGUUGGAAUUAGAGAAGGUACACGAAUUAUGUGACAAUUUCUGCCACCGGUAUAUUAGCUGUUUGAAAGGGAAAAUGCCUAUCGAUCUGGUGAUAGACGAUAGAGAAGGAGGAUCAAAAUCAGACAGUGAAGAUAUAACAAGAUCAGCAAAUCUAACCGACCAGCCCUCUUGGAACAGAGACCAUGAUGACACGGCAUCUACCCGUUCAGGAGGAACCCCAGGCCCCUCCAGUGGUGGCCACACAUCACACAGUGGGGACAACAGCAGUGAGCAAGGUGAUGGCUUGGACAACAGUGUAGCUUCCCCCAGCACAGGUGACGAUGAUGAUCCAGAUAAGGACAAAAAGCGUCACAAAAAGCGUGGCAUCUUUCCCAAAGUAGCCACAAAUAUCAUGAGAGCGUGGCUGUUCCAGCAUCUAACACACCCUUACCCUUCUGAAGAACAGAAAAAGCAGUUGGCACAAGACACGGGACUCACUAUCCUUCAAGUGAACAAUUGGUUUAUUAAUGCCCGGAGAAGAAUAGUGCAACCCAUGAUAGACCAGUCCAAUCGAGCAGUAAGUCAAGGGACACCGUAUAACCCCGAUGGACAGCCAAUGGGAGGUUUCGUAAUGGACGGUCAGCAACACAUGGGAAUCAGAGCACCAGGACCUAUGAGUGGAAUGGGCAUGAAUAUGGGCAUGGAGGGGCAGUGGCACUACAUGUAACCUUCAUCUAGUUAACCAAUCGCAAAGCAAGGGGGAAGGCUGCAAAGUAUGCCAGGGGAGUAUGUAGCUCGGGGUGGUCCAAUGGGUGUGAGUAUGGGACAGCCAAGUUAUACCCAACCCCAGAUGCCCCCCCAUCCUGCUCAGCUGCGUCAUGGGCCCCCCAUGCAUACGUACAUUCCUGGACACCCUCACCACCCAACAGUGAUGAUGCAUGGAGGACCGCCCCACCCUGGAAUGCCAAUGUCAGCAUCAAGCCCCACGGUUCUAAAUACAGGAGACCCAACAAUGAGUGGACAAGUCAUGGACAUUCAUGCUCAGUAGCUUAAGGGAAUAUGCAUUGCCUGCAAUGGCGACUGAUUUCAAAUCAUGUUUUUUCUGCAAUGACUGUGGAGUUCCAUUCUUGGCAUCUACUUUGGACCAAGGAGCAUCCCUAAUUCUUCAUAGGGACUCUUAAAAAGCAGGAAAUACCAACUGAAGUCAAUUUGGGGGACAUGCUAAAUAUAUAAGACAUUAAGAGAACAAAGAGUGAAAUAUUGUAAAUGCUAUUAUACUGUUUUCCAUAUUACGUUGUUGCUUAUAGAUUUUUUAAAAAAAAAUGUGAAAUUUUUCCACACUAUGUGUGUUGUUUCCAUAGCUCUUCACUUCCUCCAGAAGCCUCCUUACAUUAAAAAGCCUUACAGUUCUCCUGCAAGGGGCAGGAAGGUCUGAUUUGCAGGAUUUUUAGAGCAUUAAAAUAACUAUCAGGUAGAAGAAUCUUUCUUCUCGCCUAGGAUUUCAGCCAUGCGCGCUCUCUCUUUUUCUCUCUCUCUUUUCCUCUCUCUCCCUCUUUCUAGCCUGGGGCUUGAAUUUGCAUGUCUAAUUCAUUUACUCACCAUAUUUGAAUUGGCCUGAACAGAUGUAAAUCGGGAAGGAUGGGAAAAACUGCAGUCAUCUACAAUGAUUAAUCAGCUGUUGCAGGCAGUGUCUUAAGGAGACUGGUAGGAGGAGGCAUGGAAACCAAAAGGCCGUGUGUUUAGAAGCCUAAUUGUCACAUCAAGCAUCAUUGUCCCCAUGCAACAACCACCACCUUAUACAUCACUUCCUGUUUUAUGCAGCUCAAAAACAUAGACUGAAGAUUUAUUUUUAAUAUGUUGACUUUAUUUCUGAGCAAAGCAUCGGUCAUGUGUGUAUUUUUCCAUAGUCCCACCUUGGAGCAUUUAUGUAGACAUUGUAAAUAAAUUUUGUGCAAAAGGACUGGAAAAAUGAACUGUAUUAUUGCAAUUUUUUUUGUAAAAGUAGCAGUUUGGUAUGAGUUGGCAUGCAUACAAGAUUUACUAAGUGGGAUAAGCUAAUUAUACUUUUUGUUGUGGAUAAACAAAUGCUUGUUGAUAGCCUUUUUCUAUCAAGAAACCAAGGAGCUAAUUAUUAAUAACAAUCAUUGCACACUGAGUCUUAGCGUUUCUGACGGAAACAGUUUGGAUUGUAUAAUAGCGCCAAUCCCAGUUGUAGUCCUUUGAGUGCAGUAAUGAAAUCUGAAUCUAAAAUAAAAACAAGAUUAUUUUUCUCA